UAAUGAAGCUGUCGACCGUCUUUCUUCUCGCCGCUCUUGGAUUCUGUGCUGUCUACGCCGCCGACGUCGUUGACGGAGAAGUCACAGAUGACGCGCCAAAGAACUCGCAAGAAGACGAUGAUCUCACCAUCGGAGCCUCCCCAGAUGCCGGACUUGCAUUCCACUUUGUUCAACCAUCUGAUGCCAAUGUUGUUCGCGAGUUCUACACCGGAAAGCCAGUGAAAUACCUGAUUGGAUUCCAAAACAAGGGAGAAAAGGACUUUGUCGUGAAGUACGCUGAGACAUCUUUCCGUUUCCCAACUGAUCACUCCUACCAUCUCCAGAACUUCACUCGCGGAGAAUACAACCGCCGUGUGGCGCCAAAGGAGGAGGUCACCCUCGACUACGGAUUCUACGCCCACGAGACCUUUGCCGGACGCCCAGUUGGACUCGUCGUCAACGUUCACUACCAAGACGCCGACGGAAACGUUUUCGUGAACAACGUCUACAACCAGACCAUCAAUAUCAUGGAGGACGACUCUGGAUUCUCUGGAGAGACCGGAUUCCUGUUCAUCUUCUUCGUUGCCCUCUCCAUCGGAGGACUCUACCUUUCCAACCAAUUCCUUUCCAAGCUCUCCCGCAAGUCUGGACUCUCGAAGCGUCGCGUUGUUGAGCAAGGAACUUCCUCGGAAGUCGACUUUGAAUGGAUCCCAAGAGAUGCCGUCAAGAACAAGGAGAAGAGAUCGCCGGCCACCGUGUCACCAAAGGCUCGCAAAUCCGCCAAGAAGGCUGACUAAGAAAUGAGAUCAUGUGUAGAACGAAUUCAUUUUUUUUUCUUAAAUAUUUAUUUGAUUUAUCUGAAUGCCUUUCCAUUUGAACCACCACCACCCCCCACCUCUCACGAAGACAAAUUUGUGUAUAUUUCUUCAUAUUUAUUUCCGGAAUUCCCAAUUUCCUUAUCUCUUCUCUUCUUCUCAAAAGUUGAUUUACUUGUUUCUCUUGCGGGACGGGUAUUACACCCGCGGCCUCAUCUUGUUUUAGAUUCUAAAAAAUAUAUAAAAAUCAAUAAAGAUU